CUGCUUCAGCGGCGCGUCUGCCACUGUCAGUUGGUCUCCGGCAGUCGCCCGCAGAGGACUUGGAUCUUGAAAAGCGUCUCGUCUGCGCAACCGAAUCACCAUGCGGGAGAUCGUGCACUUGCAAGCUGGCCAAUGCGGUAACCAGGUUGGAAGCAAGUUCUGGGAGGUAAUCUCGGAGGAGCAUGGCAUCGACCCCAGCGGCGUCUACCGUGGCAACUCCGACCUGCAGCUGGAACGCAUCAGCGUCUACUACAACGAGGCCUCGGUGGCGAGCCCAUCGUGCGAUGGCGGCGGCAAGUACGUGCCGAGGGCCAUCCUGCUCGAUCUGGAGCCCGGCACGAUGGACGCGGUGCGUUGCGGACCCUACGGGCAGCUCUUCCGGCCAGACAACUUCGUUUUCGGCCAGAGUGGCGCCGGCAACAACUGGGCCAAGGGACACUACACGGAGGGCGCAGAGCUCGUCGACUCUGUGCUGGACGUGGUGCGCAAGGAGGCCGAGAACUGCGAUUGUCUCCAGGGAUUCCAGCUGACUCAUUCCCUGGGCGGUGGGACAGGUUCCGGCAUGGGCACACUUCUCAUCUCGAAGAUCAGGGAAGAGUACCCAGAUCGCAUCAUGAACACGUACUCCGUGAUGCCGUCGCCGAAGGUGUCAGAUACUGUGGUGGAACCGUACAACGCGACCCUGUCGGUGCAUCAGCUGGUGGAGAACACAGACGAAACUUACUGCAUAGACAACGAGGCGCUCUACGACAUCUGCUUCCGGACGCUGAAGCUGCCAAACCCCAGCUACAGCGAUCUCAACCAUCUCGUUUCGCUCACCAUGUCUGGAGUCACAACGUGUCUCAGGUUCCCUGGGCAGCUGAACGCGGACCUGCGUAAGCUGGCGGUGAACAUGGUGCCGUUCCCGCGCCUUCACUUCUUCAUGCCGGGCUUCGCACCACUGACGUCGCGCGGUUCACAGCAGUACCGCGCGCUCACAGUGCCAGAACUCACGCAGCAGAUGUUCGACGCUAAGAACAUGAUGGCCGCCUGCGAUCCCAGGCACGGCCGAUAUCUAACCGUCGCCGCCGUCUUCCGUGGGCGCAUGUCCAUGAAAGAGGUGGACGAGCAGAUGCUGAGCGUUCAGAACAAGAACAGCAGCUACUUCGUGGAGUGGAUUCCUAACAACGUGAAGACGGCCGUGUGCGACAUUCCGCCCAAGGGCCUCAGCAUGUCCUCCACGUUUAUCGGCAACACAACAGCCAUACAGGAAUUGUUCCGGCGAAUCUCGGAGCAGUUCGCCGCCAUGUUUCGGCGUAAGGCUUUCUUGCAUUGGUACACUGGUGAAGGCAUGGACGAAAUGGAAUUUACAGAGGCAGAGUCUAAUAUGAAUGAUUUGGUCAGCGAGUACCAGCAGUACCAGGAGGCCACAGCAGAUGAUGACUAUGAGGACCAGGAGGAGUAUGAGGAAGAGGCUGCUGAGGAUGCUGGUGCAGGUGGCGAUUCGUAUGGCAUGGAGGAGACACGGGUGAUGGGCUAGUCACGCCAUGAUGGUGUGCCUACAUAAGACUGCAAAGUAGACUGUCACUCUACUCCUCUACAACACACUGCUUCCUUCUCAGUUGUUGGCUUCAUACAUUUCUCUGAUACUGAGCUUAAAGCACCUGGAAAAUGUAUGGAGCACAUAAUGCAAUUUUUGUAAGCUUUCAGUCAAAUUUUUUUAUACUGUGUACAGAUUUAUUUAAAUAAAAAUUUUUAAAGUAAA